AAACCAUUGUGCAUCAAUCAAGCCCUUCUUGUUCAUACAUCAAUUCCUUUACUGUACUGUAAUCAUGGCUUCCUUCAUGAAACAGCUCAGCCUUGUCCUUAGUUUCAUAGCCUUAGCCCUAGCAGGCUGCGCUGUUUACCAAAACACACAAACCGCCAUGAAAGACCAGCUUAAGCUUACCCCUACGUGGCUGGACACGACAUUAAAGUCGACCAACCUGUUGUCGCUUGGUCUUGGGAAACCCUCCGGCGGUAUGCUCGGCGAUGAAGCGUGUGUAUUCUCGGCCGUUAAGGAAGUAGUGGUCGCCGCCAUUAAUGCAGAAGCUCGCAUGGGUGCUUCCCUCAUUCGUCUCUUCUUCCAUGACUGCUUCGUUGAUGGUUGUGAUGCAGGUCUUCUGCUCAACGAUACGGCUACCUUCACCGGAGAACAGACCGCCGCCGGCAAUCUUAACUCAGUCCGAGGUUUUGGGGUAAUAGAACAAGCUAAACAGAAUGCGAAAACCAAAUGCCCAAACACGCCUGUAUCUUGUGCCGACAUUUUAUCCAUUGCUGCUCGUGAUUCUUUUGAGAAAUUCAGCGGCGCAACGUACACGGUGACACUGGGAAGACGGGACGCUCGAACGGCGAACCUCACCGGAGCUAACACCCAACUCGUCGGACCAAACGAAGUUUUGUCGUCUCAACUCAGCAAAUUUGCGGCGAAAGGGUUUAACGCGACGGAGAUGGUGGCCCUGUUAGGUUCACAUACAAUCGGGUUUGCGAGAUGUCCGCUUUUGUGUAUUAGCGCUUUCAUUAAUCCGGCUCGGGUCUCCACUCUGAAUUGCAACUGCUCGGGAACUGUGAACAGCACCGGGUUGGUGGGCCUGGACCCCACUCCGACAACGUGGGACCAACGCUAUUUCUCCGACGUCGUUAACGGUCAAGGCCUUCUGUUUUCCGACAAUGAGCUGUUGAAAGGCAACACCACCAACGCCGCCGUGAGGAGGUACAGGGACGCCAUGGGUGCUUUCCUCAACGACUUCGCCGCCGCCAUGGUGAAGAUGAGCAACCUGCCACCGUCCCCCGGAGUGGCGCUCGAAAUCCGCGACGUUUGCAGCAGGGUGAAUGCCAACUCAGUUGCAUCCAUGUGAAGAAUUGAGAUUCUUCUGAAAUAAUCUUAUUUCACCCGUGGUGAAUUGGAGAAUCUUAAUAUAUCAAAAAAUAAGAAGAUGAAGAAAAAA